AUGCCACCGAUUCGCUCUCAGGGCUCUAGAAACUUGACAGGGCAUGAGAGUAGAAUCUCACUAGCAAUCCAGGCUUUCAAGAAUGAAGAAAACGCAACGUUAUCCGAAGUUGCACGCCGUUUUGAUAUACCGCGUUCGACUCUAUGCGGCAGGCUAUCUAGCAGUACAGAACGAGCUGCUGGACGCGCUAAACAUAAAUUGACUGAAAUUGAAGAGGAAACUCUUCGGAAAUGGAUUGUCUCACUUGAUGAUCGCGGAGCAGCGCCCCGGUUCACUACCAUACGAGAAAUUGCGAAUAUGCUUCUUGCGGCGCGCGGAACGACACCGGUUCAAACUGUCGGGGAAAAAUGGGCUUACAACUUCGUGAAAAGGCAUCCCGAACUUUCACAGCGACUCUCAAGACGCGCUAAUCCCGAGCGAGCAACGCGUGAUGUGCUAAGAAUCAUCGGUGAAUGGUUUGCACUCGUUCAAAAAACUCGCCUCGAGAAUGAUAUCGAUCCCGACGAUAUCUAUAACUUCGCCGAGAUUGGUUUCGCGUUGGGAUCAACAGAGCCCAUGGUCGCUACGAGAAGUGGAUACUGUGGAUACUACGAUCAACCUUCACUUUCACGUUGCGAGUGGGUGACCGCUAUCGAAUGUACGAAUGCUUCGGGGUGGGCGCUCCCUCCCUGCGUGGUUCACAAAGGCAGAGACAUUACCAAAUCUGGGCUUGCCUGUGUCCCCGAAGAUUGGCGAGUCGAAAUAAGUCCGAACGGUUGGACGUCCGAUGAAAUUAAUCUUCGUUGGCUUGAAAAACUCUUUAUUCCAUCGACUACUUCGCGUGUGAAGGGACGUAUCGGCUGUUUUGCGAAUCUCGAGCGUUCCUACGAUCGGGUGGUUGAUUACAAACUGGGUCGCGGGAUCACCCAGUAUACCCAGUAUCCCAAGGUUGAUUUCAUCAUGUCAUACCCCCUCUCACGAGACGUGACAUUUAAGCCAGAAACCAUCAAAAACAGCUUCGCAGCCGCUGGUUUGGUGCCUUUCUCCCCUGACCGGGUACUCUCAAAACUCAAGGAUCGCAUUCGAACCCUGACACUCCCUCGGAGCGGGGGUAACGAAUCAAGUCGGCAUUCCACCCCAGAAACCCCUUCUACCGAAAACGAACUACGUCAAGAGGCUUCACCAAUCAGUGCUCGAGUUCGUACGGCUUCAUCUAGUCCACGGAGCCUGUCUGAUGACGCGAUGAAUCAGGCAUUUGAAGGUCACCACCGCGUGAUAGAAGGCGUCACGAACUUAGCAAAGGAAAACCGCGACUUACGCGCCGCCCUCCAGAGGGAGAGACAAAAACGGUGGUCGAAUAAGGAGUUUGCUUGGGAAGGGGGUAUCACGGGUGAAAAGUAUCGUGAGCUACUUGCGCAGGGAGUCAUUUGCCCAAAAAGCCCGUAA